AUGCCAAUAGCAGUAAUCCUAGGACCCUACCGCGAACUCGAACUCGAACGCGAACUCGACCCGGCAAUCUCAACAAAAGGAUCUGCCCUCUGCGCUGCCCUGCCGUACAUGGACAAGUCCCCUCUCACCCAGCAGCCUCGCCCCGAGGCCUUCCAGCAAAAGGUUGUCCAGCUAUACGUUGAGCUAUUCAAGCCGGCUGAUGCGCAAAAGGACGAACAAGAUGCCGCAGACCACAACGGCCAGCAUUCGGAGGGCUUCUGGCGCGAGUUCUUCCUCCUUAAGCCCGACCGCCCGUCCCUGAGGCGCAUACUUGACCAGCUAUCCCCCGCCGACCUGCUGCACUUGGAGGAACAGACAAGGGAGCUCUUCUCAAGAUCUGUCAAGGCUCUCAGGAGCGAUGCCCCCGGGACGGCCGACCUACAUGCGCUCGACACGCUCAGCAUCUUCCUAUCGGCCGUGCUAUCCAAGAAAUACACCAACCCCAGCUCAGAUAUCAUAACGGUACUCGCUGGCCUCGAUCACGUCGAUGCGGUAUUCACCGACUUCGUAGGGUCCUUGGAUUACAUAAUAAGAAAUGGCAAGACAAUGGGACUGCGGCAGAAGGCCAUUGAAGUGGCUCUCGCUGUGACCUCGGGAGCGUACCAGACCAGCCUGCUGACGUACCUGAUACAAAGAGACAUGUUCCCAUCCGUGAUGAAGUUGAUCCAGGACGCCAGCUCUUCUACACAGAUUUUCAACCCUUUCACGCUGAUCGGCCUCCUGGCCAACUACAACAAGUUCGAGUUCCAAAAUCCGUAUCAGUUACGAUUGAACGACUUUGUAAACGAGGACACGAUUCAGAAGGUCAUGAGGAGUGUCGGCUACACCUGCCAGGGCUUGAGGGACCAAUUCGUGGACGUUCAGGAGGACCUCCCAGAAGCGUGGACUUUGACCAACACGUUGACCAUGAUCGGGCUAGGGGCAAUAGCACCCGGUGCGAAGACAGACAAGAAGCCGGCAUACGACGCCGAAACGGCAAAACAAAUGUUUGUCGAGCUACCAGGGAACGAGGCUGCCGUGCUGCUAGCGACAUACGAUUUCGCACAUGCCAACAAGCUCUUCUGUUUCAACCUCGUUACGCUCGCUCCUGAGAAGGGCGACGAACAGCCGUUCGCGAGCUAUGUUUCCCUCACGUCGUACUUACUCACCCACGCCCACCUUUCCACACGGGCAACACUUUAUUCCCAUCUCAAUUUGAUGGUCUUCCGCCUGCUGAUCGAGGACCCCGUUCUAUGUAAGCGAAUGUGCAGCGAAGGAAACAAGGUGCCUGUAAGGCUCUGCCGGCAGAGACAGCCCUACCUCCCGUUGGUCCGCGGCGAACGCACCGUCGCGAUGGCCGUCAUCGACACCAUGAUCGACGGCAUCAAUCACAACCUCAAGCGUCGGCUGGAUGUCAACCUGUACACGCUUUGCGUGGGGAUCCUCCUCCGAAUCAUCAGCUACAUGUCGCGGUCCCGCACGCGCCUGUCGUACCACUGGUCGGAGCUGUUCCGCUCCCUGCUGUCACUGAUCAAGUUCCUGACGACGUAUGCGGCUGACCUGAGGGACCUGUCGCACAUUGACGUGCUGCUGGACCACGUCGUCAACCUCCUUGCGCUAGGGCUGUCGGCGGGUGAGGCCUUCCUUCCCACACCGGCGGCGUACGACGACCUGUUCUACAAGGUGGUCGAGGCGGGCGACGUGCUAGUCAAGUUCCGCGACACGUAUGGGCUUGCCAACCGACCAACAAACAGCAUCGAGACGCUCAUCAGUGUCUCUGCGCACUACAAGUCGCUACUAGCCGACGGCGGAGCAAAGGGCGGGAAGGGGAGUAAGGCUGGCGCGGGAGGAGUGCUAACAAGCCUGCAGGUGGCAGAGGUGAUCAAGCAGGGGUACGAGACGCUCAGCAUACAGGCCAAGGAGGGACUGGAUUCUUGGGAGAGGUACAGGGAGGCAGACGAGAGAACACUCUUGAAGAAGGUGGCGAGGUUCGCGGUUGGUGAUGUCAGGACCAUGGUAGCUGGGUGA